CAAAAUCAUAACCACAAAAAGGAUAAUUAAACCUUAAACAUAUACUAAAAAUUCAUGAGAUUUGUAUGAACUCCACAGGAAUUAUGCGGAUAGAUCUGCAUAAUAAGGGGCCCAGAAGAGGUUCCUUUUGUUCUGUUCUGUUCUGCUAACUCUCUUUUUUCACUCUUUCUGCCUCUUCUGUGCACAUUUUGCUGUUUGAUUAUUUUGGUAAAACCUUGAAACCAUCGUUUCAUGUCCACCAUGAAAAGAAACCUCAAGGAUCAAGAACACUACUUCCACUCUUCAUGGACCAUAGCAAAACUAAUCACCUCCUUCUUCCUCUUGGUUUCAAUCUCCUACCUCUUCUACUCCCUUGGAUUCAUAACUCAUUCACACGAUUGUCCUCAAAAAAAGCCUUACCCUCUUUCCACAACCACACACGUUUCCAACACCACCAUCACUCCUCCACCACCUCAGCACACAGCAAAACCCUCUGAGAAAACCAACAUUUCACACAUAGUGUUUGGCAUAGCAGCCUCUUCCAGGCUCUGGAGGCAAAGAAAAGAGUACAUGAAGCUAUGGUGGAGGCCAAACGAGACAAGGGGAAUAGUGUGGCUAGACCAAGAAGUGAAAAGUGAAGCAGGUGAUGAGACCCUCUUGCCAACAUUGAGAAUAUCGAGUGAUGUCUCAAAGUUCAAGGUGAAGAAUCCAGGUGAGGAGUUGGGGGUUCGUAUAUCUCGAAUUGUGUCGGAGACAGUGAGGCUUGGGAUGAAGAAUGUGAGGUGGUUUGUGAUGGGAGAUGAUGACACUUUCUUUGUGACUGAGAAUUUGGUGAAGGUGUUGCAGAAGUAUGAUCACAACCAGUUUUAUUACAUAGGGGCAAACUCAGAGAGCCACUUGCAGAACAUUCACUUUUCCUAUAACAUGGCUUAUGGGGGUGGAGGUUUUGCCAUAAGUUACCCUUUGGCUGUGGCAUUGGAGAGAAUGCAGGACCAGUGCCUUCAGAGAUACCCUGCAUUGUUCGCCUCAGAUGAUAGGAUCCAGGCUUGUAUGGCAGAACUCGGUGUCCCUCUCACCAAGGAAAUUGGCUUUCACCAGUUUGAUGUAUAUGGCAGCGUGUUUGGGCUCUUAGCAGCACAUCCCGUUACACCUUUAGUUUCGAUGCAUCACUUGGACGUGGUUGAGCCCAUAUUCCCGAACGUGAACCGUGUGGAGGCCCUACAGAAGCUUAUUGGGCCCAUGAGACUGGACUCCUAUGGGCUCAUGCAGCAAUCCAUAUGCUACGACAGAGCCCGGCACUGGACCGUUUCCGUUUCAUGGGGUUAUGCGGUUCAAAUAUUCCGGGGCAUUUUCUUGGCCCGGGACAUGGAGAUGCCCGGCAGAACCUUUCUGAAUUGGAUCCGGCGGGCGGAUUAUACCGGAUUUCCAUUCAACACGCGCCCUUUCAGCCGGAAUGCUUGCCUGAAACCUUUUGUUUUCUACUUGGACAAUGCCAUCUACGAUGGGGUUGCUGAUGAGACUGUCAGUGACUAUGUUCGGGUCCAGCCCAACCCGGAUUGCAGGUGGAAAAUGCCAGAUCCGACCCAAAUCUCAAUGAUUAGGGUUUAUAAGAAACUCGAUUCGCAUUUGUGGGACAAGUCUCCGAGGAGAAAUUGUUGCAGGUUUCGACCAACAGAGGAGGAAGGAAGUAUGGUGAUUGAAGUGGGAGAAUGCAGAAAAGAUGAAUUUGCUAAUUAAUGUUUAAUAGGAUUCAGCUAAUAAUAUUCUUAAUCGUGUUCUUCAUUCUUCUUUUUUUUUUUAUUUGUGAUUUUCAAAUGAUUUUGAGAACUUCAUAGCGUGUAAA